AUGCAGGCACCAUGGAUGGAUGCUCUGCCCAUGAACACCAAUGUAUGGGUAUCUGGUGACAAGAAUCUUGAACAGGAAGUGCUGGCAGCUGACACGAGGCCGCAGGAGCUCAUCACAGAUUGCGAGGCCACCCCAAGGCCUAGGUCGAUCCAACGUGGAGAUGGCACCGCUUGGAGGGAGUGGAGAUGGAGGCGUCGCGAUAGAGGCUAUCAUGACCAGGUGGACGUCAAUGUGGAGGAGGAAGAGGAUUCCGAAGAGGGAUCAUCGGAUGACCCGGAGUGGCAAGGGGGAGGACGAGAUCCAGUACGCGAGAGCGGUGGGCAAAGCAGCGGCUGGGAUCAGGACGUCAGAAGCAGCUUUGGAGGCCAGUUCAGGAGGAUCAUCCACAGCGGCUGUGGACAGAGCCUGGGUUCGGCGUCAGCAGUCGAUGCAGUGGCGGUGGCUGCUGAAGCUGCAAGUGGGCUUGAGGCCUGCGAUGAGGCCAUCAAGUGGAGAUCCAGCACCCGUGGCACCCGUGGCACCCGUGGCAGCAAGGCCUACAUGCUGCGGAUGACUGGAGCACUUCCUGAGGCAUCGGCGAUGGGGCUUCGGACGGUGCUGCGUCCUGAUGGAUCUACUGCGAUCAUGCUCGCUGGAAGUGAAGAACGGGCAUCAAGCAGCCAUCACCAUGCUGGUGAUCAAGCUGCAGAGGUGAUGGAGAUCUCAUCCCCAGAAGAGGAGUUGGAGGCCUUUGCCAAGGUGCUGGACAGCCCGGCCAAGCCGGUGCUAGCCAUCCUGGGAGGUGCCAAGGUGAGCGACAAGAUCCAGCUGAUCAUGAACAUGUUGGACAAGGUGAACAAGAUGAUCAUUGGCGGCGGAAUGGCCUACACUUUCUUGAAGAUCAAGGACAACAUGCCCAUUGGCAGCUCCCUCUAUGACGAGGAAGGUGCGAAGAUUGUGCCCGAGAUCUUGGCGAAGGCUGAGAAGUUGGGUGUUGAGAUCAUCCUGCCAGUGGAUUUCACCUGCUCUUCCAAGUUCGGAGAAGAUGGCGAGAUUAAAGAAGGCGUCACCAAGGCAGAUGGCGUCCCUGAGGGCUUCAUGGGACUGGACUGCGGACCAGCCUCGGUGGAGUUGAACGCCAAGGCUGUGGCCGAAUCCAAAACUAUCAUCUGGAAUGGCCCGAUGGGAGUGUUCGAGAUGGCCAAAUUCGAGCCUGGCACCAAGAAGCUGAUGGAUGCAGUUGUGGAGGCGACUGGCAAGGGUGUCAUCACCGUGAUUGGCGGUGGUGACACCGCCACUGCCUGCAAGAAGUAUGGCACUGAGGACAAGGUCACCCACUGCAGUACUGGUGGUGGUGCCUCCCUAGAGCUGUUGGAGGGGAAGGAACUUCCAGGUCUUGGCUUUGAGGCCUAUCCUGAAAAGCUCCUGCGUGUAAAUGUCGGAGCGAGGAUCCUAUGCUUUGGAGCCAGAACCCUUUUCAUCUUGGCGCGGUUUCUCCAUGCGGAGACCAGGUGCUUCACCAGGUAUUUUUUGGGCCAACGCGAGGGGGACCUCCAUUGCCUGGGAAGUUGUAGCAGUUGUUACGUGGCGCUGGAGGAGCUUCCAGGGAGACCCUUGGAGGCUGCCUCCCACCACACAGAGCUGGCAAUUAGCUCAGCCAAAGAUGUGCAAGCGUGGUUGGCUGCCCCUGAGGUCUGCGACUUGCUGCUGAUGUUUCCAGUGGAUCUUCGCCGUGAGGCAUGGAGCCUCGCUGCCUUGCCAAGCGAGGAGUAUCUCUCCUACCGCGGUGCCCAUCAGGAAACUCGACGCGUUGUUGAGAACUGUGAGGCCUUACAACUUCUAUCGAUCUUCGCAUGGCAAGGUGCUACAAGAGGCACAGAAAUUUGUGCUCACAAGGAGGAACCUGAAGAUUGCUUGGACAUGGCUCGAGAAAAAGCCUUGUCGGCACUACUGCGUCGCUGGAAGGAGCUAAGCCCUCAGGGCCAGAAAGAAUGGCUUCAAUCCAACAUCGUAGAGGUGGUUCUUGGGCGGAACGACAGUGUUUUGCCACUGCUGGGCAAAGCCAAUCAGGCCUUGACGCAGGCGCAGGGACAAAGAUCCAAAGUUCUGUCGCUGGCCGAUGGUCGCAGCGAAGGGCUCCUGGCGGAGCUGGCCUUGGAACUGGGCCGCACCGCCCGUUUGGUGAUGGAGCAUUCGCGCACCAUAUGGGGCCUGAAGCAGCUGAUGUUGGAGCUGUCAGGUAUCUAUCCAAACUUGCAGGGCCAGUUGCCAAUCUUCCGCGUCCAUCCAAUCUAUGGCAGGCACUUUGACGUUUUAGAAGCCCUCUUGAACAGCCUCGAGGGCCAAGAGCUUCGCAUGGCCGAGCUGGGGGUUGCAUGUGGUCCCAUUGGUCUACACCUCUUGGCUCGAUUCCCUCAGCUCCAAUAUUUUGGAGCAGAUCCCACCAUCAAGGAUGAGGUGCGCAAGGCUUACACGCCAUACCGUGACCGGGCAACGCUCUUUGCCACCACGAGUGAAGAGAUGCAUGCCAGGCUUGCAGAGGGUCCUGAGAUGGAUUUUGUUUUCAUCGAUGGUCCUCAUACCUAUGCCAAUGUGCGGAACGCGGCUCGGUCGGUGAAGAGGUUCAGAUUUUUCCAAUUCACCGGCAAGCCGGUUGUGAACUCCACCCAGGCAGUCCCACCACACACCACCCACGAUGAUUCUGCAACUGAUAUUGGAAUCCUUGAGACUUUGGACUCUAGAGCAUCACAAGUGGUUUAG